CGUUCUACUAGGCCUCCACUCAGUCAGUGUUCAUCUUUUGAGCAACGAGGACCGUUCUGUUAUUUCUUGGUGUGCCCCUCUGGCUGCCAGGAGUUUUAGUCGGGUUUAUUUGGAUAAGACAAACAUCGCGAGAAUUAAGUGUUUCCUUCCAAAAGAUACAUCAUAUGUAAUUCGAUUCGUGCUGCUCUGAGUCGAGAACGAAUAUUGUGUGUUCAUCCUUUCAAUCAGCCCUCGUCUCAGACGAGGUGACCUACAUUCGUCGUCGGUCUAGCAAAGGAAGAUGGAACAAAUUAUGUCCCCACACAACCGUCAGCAUCACUACCGGAGCGUAUCGGACACGUAUGCGGGCCUAUCGUUGUUCAUAACCGGUGCAACGGGUUUCAUGGGCAAAGUCCUUGUGGAAAAGUUGCUCCGCGAUUGCGCUGAUCUCAAGUGCAUAUACCUAUUAAUUCGCACCAAGAAGGGCAUCGAUGCUGGACAGCGCAGGGAUGACUACCUCAAGCAUCUGGUAUUCGAUCGUAUUCGCGAAACGAACCGCGCUCAGCUGGACAAGGUCAAACUGAUUCGCGGUGAUAUUCUGAGCGAUGGGUUGGAAAUUACCGAGCCGGACCGGGCGGAACUGAUCGACAAUGUGGAAGUCAUAUUCCACUGUGCGGCAAAUGUGCGGUUCGAUCAGGAACUGAAGCAGGCGGUCAAUUUCAACACCAACGGAACCAUGAGGGUACUGAAGCUGGCGGAACAAAUGAAACGACUGAUCGCUUUCAUUCACGUGUCCACGGCGUACUGCCAGUGCAACGAGGAAGUGGUCGAGGAGAGAGCGUAUGCAGCGCCGCACAGCCCGCUCGGGAUUUCCAAGCUGGCAGACCUGGUAGACAGCAAUGUACUGGAUUUGGUUACGCCCAAUUUGCUCAGCAACUUGCCCAACACGUACGCCUACACGAAAGCUCUGACCGAGGACCUCGUCUACAGCUACCGGGAUCGAUUCCCGAUUGCAAUCGCUCGCCCAACCAUCGUCGUUGCAGCAUGGAAAGAGCCGCUGCCCGGCUGGGUGGAGGGAACAAAUGGACCGACGGGCCUUAUGAUCGGUGCCGGUCGGGGUGUCAUCCGAACCAUGCACUGCAAUCCGGACUAUGAAUCAGACAUCAUGCCCGUGGACAUAACCAUGAAUGCAAUCAUCGUUUUGGCAGCAGAACGGAUAAACACGCCCAACAAUCGAGAGGCUAUGUUCUGCAACGUGUCCGGAGCCAAUGUGAACACCCUAACGUGGGGCGAUGCGCUGGAAAGCGGUCGGCAAAAGUUCUACGACAAUCCCCUGUGCUUUUCCCUGUGGUACCCGGAUGGAUCGAUCAAGUCAAACUACUACUAUCACAUGCUGUGCGUGAUCAUGUUCCACUACCUGCCGGCUUAUCUGAUAGAUUUCCUGAUGAUUGUGCUGCGACGGAAGCCAUUCAUGCUCAAAAUCCAGAAGAGGAUAUCUGAGGGACUUGAAACCCUGCAGUACUACACAACGAAAGUUUGGAUCUUCAAAAACGACAACAUGCGCGCAAUGUACAGCCGCCUCUCGGAGGAUGACCGGGAAAAGUUCUACUUCGACAUGACCCCCGUACAUUGGCCAACGUAUUUCCUGAACUACAUCCUCGGCGUUCGGCAGUAUGUGCUGAAGGAACCCCCGGAGACAUUACCGAAGGCACGAAAAUUGCUGAAAAAAUUGUACUACAUGGACAAACUCGUUCAGGCUAUGCUCUAUUUGCUGAUUCUGUGGUUGGCCUAUUCGUACUGGGACGUUGUGAUAGGAUCGAUUCAGUAUAUCUUCGACAGUGCUAUCGAGGGUGCCCGCAAGGCAAUGACUCCGACUCCGAAAGCGCAUUCCGUGCGGAUUUAGAUGGUGCAUGACGCCUGUAUAUGAUUCCAUUGUCUAUGAUAUUAUUUGUAGUUUUUUUUUAGAUACCUAAUACCG